UCUCACUUUUGAUAUCCUUAGAGAGUCGGACAAUGAAGUGUUGAUUAAUAAUGGUCACUUCACUAGUCACAUUGUUCACUUGGAAAAGAGUAUCUAAAGUAAAUGUAUAUAUCAGUAAAUGACGAAGGGAUGGACUGAUAUAUAGGCCUCAUCUCCCUCCAUACAGAAAUCCAAAGAGAUAUGGAGGUUUGUAAAAUACUUCAUAUGAAUUCAGGAGUUGGAGACAAAAGCUAUGCCAAAAACUCCUUACUUCAGCGAAAAGCAAUGUCGAUAGCGUGGCCAAUCAUAAAGGAAGCCAUUGAAGAUUAUUUGCGCACUGAAAAUAUUCCAAUUACCAGUUUAAGCAUUGCAGAUUUGGGAUGUUCUUCCGGACCAAACACUCUUACUAUUCUCUCCAAUUUAAUUAAACAAUUUCAUGAAAUCAUCCAACUUCACGGUAACAAACCAAUCCAAUACCAAAUCUUCUUCAACGAUCUUCCUUCAAAUGAUUUCAAUUCCAUUUUUAGAUCAUUGUCAAAUUUCUUGGAAGAUUUGAAGAACCAAAUUGGAACUGAUUUUGGAACCUGUUUUUUCAACGGAGUCGCUGGUUCUUUUUAUGGCAGACUCUUCCCCAACAAAAGUUUGCAUUUCGUUCAUUCUUCUUACGCUCUUCAUUGGCUCUCUCAGGUACCUAAAGGGAUGGAGAUGAUAAACAAAGGAAACAUAUUCAUAAAUAGUACAAGUCCAAAGAAUGUGAUUGAAGGAUAUUAUAAGCAAUUUCAAAAGGAUUUCUCACUGUUUUUGAAAUGUCGUGGAGAAGAAAUAGUAACGGGUGGACGAAUGGUUGUUACUUUAUUAGCAAGAACAGAUGAAUCUCCACCAAACAAAGAUUUUUGUCAGACUUUGACCCUUUUGAAUUUAGCUAUCAACAACAUGGUUAAGGAGGGGAUGAUCAGAGAAGAGAAAGUUGAUAGAUUCAAUGUCCCAAACUUCAUGCCAAGUCUAGAGGAAGUAAAAACAGAGGUUUUAAAAGAAGGAAGCUUCAUCAUGAACCGUGAUAGCAGUUAUUGUUUUGCAAAAAGCAUAAAAUCUGUGUUUGAACCCCUUAUGAUUCCUCACUUUGGAAAAGCGAUUGUGGAAGAAUUAUUUCACAGGUUUAGAAAAAUAGUUAAGGAUGAAAUGUCAAAAAAAAAGUGUGAGUAUACAAACUUAAGUAUUUCCCUUACUAAAAAAGAAAAUGAAGAUUGGAAAUUAGGUAGAGAUGAUAUUAUUGUGUGAUUGUUGUUAUGUAAGACAAUGAGCUUGUAAGAACUUUGAUCUAUGCUAUGUUAAUGGAAAUGAAAAUAGAGAGAUGUGUAGAGAUGUUUUCAAGGA